AUGGCUUCGAAAGCAAUUAAAUCAGCACGUGAACGUGCUUUAUACUACGUACAGAAUGCAAGCCGUUUGCAGAAACAAGACCUUCGGGAUAAUCCUGGUGCUAGAACUCAGCCUCGUCAAAUAAGAUCUUCCUUGCACAAUCAAGCAGGACAUACUAUCGGUGAACUACAGCAUGCUGCGAAACCUCCACUUGGAUGGAUUUGGGGUAAUUUUUAUCAGCCAUGGCAAAGGCUUUUCCCGGGUGAAGAACAUUUUAACGGUGAUAUUAACUUACGGCGCGAGUACCCACCGUUAUCAUUGAUUGAGCUGCAACGAUUAAUUGAUUUGGGUUGGUUAGAUACUUCAUCGCUGAUCGAUAUUACUGCUCUAUGUAAUACUCGAAAAUACCACUGCAAACCUUCAUUAAGACAGUUCGGAGUACAGCUCACAGAUCAGGGUGCUGACUGUUUUGCUGCUGCUGUGAAUCUGGAAGUACAAUGGGCGUCAGAAACUGCAAUUGCAGCUGUGGAAAAGGCCGGCGGUAGAAUUAGAAUUGCAUAUUACGAUGCGGCAGCUUUAGAAGCAGCUAUUGACCCGGAAAACUGGUUCUUAUCAGGGAAGCCUAUUCCACGACGCAAAGCUCCGCCUGAAAGUCUUCUUUCACUUUACAUCGACCCUCGGCGUCGCGGCUACUUAGCUAAUCCAGAAGAUCUAAUCAAAGCUGAAGAGGACUUGGCUCAAAUUAUGGGAUACGAAAGGAAACCUGUCCAGCAACAAUGGGAAGAAAAGAGGCCUGAUCAGCUGUUUCUCGGAAUUCCAUCUGGUUCAAUAGUUAGUCUAAAAGAUAAAAAAUGUUUUGCACCAGUGCAUCCUGUUCUCCAAAAGUAUUAUGGAAUUAAUAGUAGUUCAGGAGAAAGUUUUGUUGCUGAUCAUUCUUAUGCUACUACUUUUUCAUCAACAUCAAUGCGAAAAAAUGAUUUAAUAUAUUCAUGA